CUUUCUGUAUGUUAGAAAAGUUACAGCUCCCACACCCAUUCUUCUUUAACAUCGCCUGGACAAGUCUCUAUCAUCUCAACUUUUACAAAUAAGGGAAGUCAACAUGUCGAUGGUAUCAGAGUUUCUUGGACAGCUGUCCCUCAACAUUGGGGCCCAUGAACCCACGUUCCCCACUGUGGUACCUGCUGUGGACUUUGACCCUGACAGAGAUGCUGCCAGAAUAGAGACUGCUAUCAAAACCAAAGGAGUGGAUGAGCAGACCAUCAUUGACGUCCUCACAAAGCGGACCUACUCCCAAAGGAGAGACAUCGCUUUUGCAUAUGAAAGGAGGGCAAAGAAGGACAUGAUCUCAGCCCUGAAGGGAGCGCUGUCUGGUUCUGUGGAAACAGUGAUCCUUGGACUAAUGAAGAGCACGGCCCAGUAUGAUGCCUCAGAGAUCAGAGGAUCAAUCAAGGGCUUAGGAACAGAUGAAGAAACGCUGAUUGAGAUUUUGUGCUCACGCAGCAAUGAUGAGCUGGUGGAGAUCAAGAAGGUGUACAAAGAGUUGUUCAAGAAGGAGCUGGACAAAGACGUUGCAGGUGACACCUCAGGGAACUUUGCUAAGCUGCUCUUGGCUCUGGUGCAGACCAAGAGAGCCGAACCAUCCUCUAUUGUAGACUACGAAAAGAUUGAUGAAGAUGCCAGAGCACUCUAUGACGCUGGCGUAAAGAUUAAAGGAACUGAUGUGGCGACCUGGAUCUCCAUUAUGUCUGAGAGGAGUGUACCCCACCUGCAGAAAGUGUUUCAGAGGUACAAGAGCUACAGCCCCUACGACAUGCAGGAGAGUAUUCAGAAGGAAGUCAAAGGAGACUUGCAGAGGUCCUUCCUGGUGCUAGUUCAGUGCUUUGAAAACAAACAGCUGUACUUCGCCAACAGACUGAAUGAAGCCAUGAAGAGUAAAGGAGCCAAAGAGAAGAUAGUGACCAGAAUUAUUGUGUCACGCUGCGAAGUGGACCUGAAGAAGAUCUGCUCUGAAUACAAGACCAACUAUGGACAGUCUCUGCAAAAGACGAUUUUGGAGCACACCAAGGGAGACUACCAGAAGGCUCUGCUUGGCCUGUGUGGACCAGAGCAGUAAAGAUGAAUCAUCAGUAUCAAAAGGGUCUCACUUUCCAUCACUGGAAAGGUGCACUGGAAAGGUGGGCUUCCGAAUAUCACACUUAACUGCAGCAAAAGCCCAUCCUACUUUCCACACACACACACACACACACACACACACACACACACACACACACACACACGCACACACAUUUAAAUAAAUUCACGUUUAAUUUCAAGGUGAUAACUAUAUCUUUUUGCUACAUGAAAAAUCUGUAUUACAGCUUACCUUUUUUGAAAUAAAGUUCGUUUUUGAAG